AUGUGCCACACCAGCGGCUCCACUGGCUGCCAGCCGGCCUGCUGUGUGCCCAGCUCCUGCCAGGCAUCCUGCCACGUGCCCAGCUCCUGCCAGACAGCCUGCUAUGUGCCCAGCUCCUGCCAGGAGUCCUGCUAUGUGCCCAGCUCCUGCCAGGCGUCCUGCUAUGUGCCCAGCUCCUGCCAGACGUCCUGCCGCGUGCCCGUGAGCUGCAAGCCUGUUGUGUACCUGCCUGUGAGCUGCAAGCCCAUUGUGUGUGUGACCUCCUCCUGCCAGUCCUCCGGGUGCUGCCGGCCCUCCUGCCCCACCCUGGUCCUCAGGCCUGUUCCCUGCGGCACCCCUAACUGCGGCUAG